UCCGGAGGAGCGCAGAAUUUAAGGCCUUUUCUAGCAGAAGAGACCACCGGGCCGGCUAAUCCUCGGACUGAGACCGUUGGUGCUAGAAUCGUGUCUGGGAGCUUUUAGCAUUUCUUCUGCCCCUCCCUCCCAGCCCUUUGAGACCUGAACUGUAGUCCCUUUCCGCGGUUCUGCACACGUGGGAGUUGUCUUUGAUCUUUGAUUUUUGACAGUGAGGCUCGGGAUGGCUUCCACGCGAAUCCGAGAGGCCAGGGAGAGCGAUUGUGGAGACAUUAUGAGGAUGAUCCGGGAACUGGCAGAGUUCGAGAAACUGUCCCAUCAGGUGAAGAUCAGUGAAGAAGCUCUGAGAGCAGAUGGCUUUGGAGAGAACCCUUCCUUUCACUGUUUGGUGGCAGAGAUUAUUCCAGCACCUGGGGAGCCACAAGGGUCGCUUGUGGUGGGCUAUGGGCUCUACUACUUCAUCUACAGCACAUGGACCGGACGAAACAUUUAUCUGGAAGACAUCUAUGUGAUGCCGCAAUAUCGGGGUCAAGGAAUCGGUACCAAAAUAAUCAAAAAGGUGGCUGAGGUUGCCCUGCACAAGGGUUGCUCCCAGUUCCGCCUGGCAGUCCUGGAUUGGAACAAGAAGGCCGUGAACUUGUACAAGUUUCUAGGGGCUCAAGAUCUGACUGAAUCGGAAGGCUGGCUCUCCUUUCGAUUUGAAGGAGAGGCAAUGAGGGAGUUGGCAGGAUGCUGAUUUACGAUUUACGCCCUCUCACUACUGCCUCUUCGUUGGGGUUAUCAUAUCAAGUUUUCCUAAGACCGUAUCCAUAGGCACUAGCCCAGACAGACACUCACCCAGAGGCCUCCGAGGGUGCAGGUUUCUGAAGUAUAGAAAGAGUAGAAGUAAGGGAGAGGAGCCUUGUUAGGAACCACAAAUAAGGGGCUGGAGAGAUGGCUCAGCAGUUAAGAGCACCGACUGCUCUUCCAGAGGUCCUGAGUUCAAAUCCCAGCAUUUGAUGGCUCACAACCAUCACGUAAUGUGAUCUGAAA